AUGGAAAAUUUUCAUGUUCUUUUUCUCUCUGUUUUCUUCUCUUUUUCUUUGUUUCAUGGAGGAAUAGCCAGAGCUGUCAAAUCCCAAGGUGGAUCGGAAGAAUGGGGUUAUGUUCAAGUCAGACCAAAAGCACACAUGUUUUGGUGGCUUUACAGAAGUCCUUACAGAGUUGAACAACCUUCCAAGCCAUGGCCAAUCAUUUUAUGGCUACAGGGUGGACCUGGUUCCUCAGGAGUUGGAAUUGGAAACUUUGAGGAGAUUGGUCCAUUAGACACUUACAUGAACCCAAGGAAUUCCACUUGGUUAAAAAAAGCUGAUCUUUUAUUUGUGGACAACCCAGUUGGCACAGGUUACAGCUUUGUGGAGGAUCCAGAGUUGUUGGUGAAAACAGAAGAUGAGGCAGCAACUGAUUUAACAACUUUGUUGAUGGAAUUAUUUAACAGCAACGAAAGCCUCCAAAAGAGUCCUCUGUUCAUUUUUGCAGAGUCUUAUGGAGGGAAAUUUGGUGUCACUUCUGGAGUGUCAAUUCUAAAAGCCAUUGAAGCUGGAAAACUGAAGCUAAAACUUGGUGGAGUCGCAUUGGGAAAUACUUGGAUCUCACCAGAGGAUUUUGUGGUUUCUUGGGGGCCUCUUCUGAACGAUGUUUCACGGAUAGACAACAAUGCUCUGGAAAAAUCAAACAGUCUAGCUAAGAAGAUUAGCCAGCAACUCAAAGAUGGUCAAUAUGCUGAAGCAACAAAUACUUGGAUUCAGCUCAUGUCAUUCAUUGAAGCCAACAGCAAUACAGUGGACUUCUACAAUUUCCUUAAGGAUUUAGAACCAGAACAUUUAACAGCUUCACCUUUCGCCAAUGGAAUUUUUGCGGUUAACAGACACUCAAGAUAUCAGAAAAAAUAUUCAAGAUACCUGAGUUCCUUGAGGGUUUUUCUAGGCCGUGAUAGGCCUGAUCUUGUUAGAUUGAUGAAUGGUGUCAUUAAGAAAAAGCUGAAGAUCAUCCCAGCUAAUGUCUCAUGGGGAGUUAAUUCAGCUGAUGUUUCCUCACAUAUGGUGAGUGAAUUUAUGAAGCCAAGAAUUGCUGGGGUUGAUGAGCUCCUUUCUAAAGGAAUCAAUGUCACUGUAUAUAAUGGGCAACUUGAUGUGGCCUGUGCAACAAAGGGGGCUGAAGCGUGGGUUAGUAAGCUCAAGUGGGAAGGACUCCAAGAUUUUCUAAGCAAGGAAAGAACUCCUCUUUACUGCAAGGACGAUGAAGCCACCAAAGGCUUCAUCAGAACAUACAAAAAUCUGCAAUUUUACUGGAUUCUUGGGGCAGGUCACUUAGUACCUAUUGGGCAGCCCUGUGUAGCAUUAAACAUGGCUGGUGCAAUCACACAGUCGCCAGCUGCUGAAGAUUUUUAA